UUGGUGUUCAAAAUUAAAAGUACCUGAAAAUCAUUUUUCUCCAAUAAUCACCAACAAAAAACAACAACAUGAACUGCUCGUGCACUGCCGAUCGUUGUCCACAUGUGCAGUACAUCCGGGCUUUGUUGGAAACGACAGAGAAAGAUCAGAUCUACGCAGCACGCCAGCCAGGAUGCAAAACGUGCUCGCAACACCUGAAAACAGUCGGAAGUUACCUGUGGUCAGUCAUCAAAAUACUGUUCACAUUUUGGUUGCUCUUCACCCGGACGGCCCUCCUGUUAUGGUUACGAAUUCUCGACUCCAACAAAUACUUCUGGAUUGGUUUCCUGUUCUUCGCUCUGGCCCUGCUCGCAUCGAUGCCCGGCGUUAAUCGCUGACAUUGGAUUGAGUCAACGCUGCCAAAAGACCCGAAGCACUGAUUGUCUUAUGGUCUCUGCAGCAACUCCGAGAUGCUGAUCGCAAUCGCAGAUCAGAUGCAUGGAAGCGAUGUUUGAUGUUGCGCCAAAAACAAUAUAGAAUGUUUCCUGGUUUUUGUUUAGACUUGUCAAAUCGA